AUGUCGCCCUUGCUGAAGGACUUCCUCAACAAGCGCGUGGUAGUGGUCACGACUGAGGGCCAAUGUGUGUGUGCAACGCUGGAGGGCUUUGACAAUAGUACAAACUUGCUGAUUUCUCAGGUCAAAGACCGUGUAUCUGGCGAAAAUUUGGCCAGCUCGUACGUAUUACGUGGAAACCAGAUCGUUUGCUGUGGGCUUCUGGAAGACUCAGAAAAGGAACUGGCUUUUCAGGGCGCAAAAUCGCUCAAAGACACGCGAAAUUAUGUGCCUGACGAGCACGUUGUGUGGCAACAGGUUUGGGCCCAAAAACAACAGCAGCACACACUGCAAACGUCGCAUGAGAAUUAG